GAUUAAACUAGUUAUAAGUUUGUAUAUAUAGAUAUAAACGAAAUAUUCGUACUUGUUUCAUGUACGUAAGUACAACCAUGGGUUUCAAAUACAUUUUGUUAACAUCUUUACUGAUUGGCAUUACUACCGCUGAUAUUGUACUUAACAAAAAACGAUUUCCAAAGGAUUUUAUGUUCGGAGUGAGUACUGCAGCAUAUCAAAUUGAAGGUGGGUGGAAUGAAGAUGGUAAAGGAGAAAGUAACUGGGAUUAUUUUUCUCAUCAAGUUCCAUCUCCCGUUUUAAAUGGAGACACAGGGGAUGUAGCGUGUGAUUCUUACCAUAAAGUGAAAGAAGAUGUGGCGUUAUUAAAAUAUUUAGGAGUUAAGCAUUAUAGAUUUUCCAUUGCAUGGUCAAGAGUUCUUCCAACAGGAUACAUCAACAAAAUAAACCAAGCAGCUAUCAACUAUUACAAAAGUCUGAUCAAUGAACUAAAAGCCAACAACAUUAUACCUAUAGUAACAUUACUCCACUUCGACACCCCACAACCGAUAGAAGAAAUAGGAGGUUGGAUGAAUGAAUGGGUAGUCGACAGAUUCGUGGAAUAUGUUGAAGUUUGUUUUAAGAAUUUUGGAGAGGACGUGCAACAUUGGAUAACUUUCAACGAGCCCGUAUUAAUGUGUAUCAUGGGAUACGGUAUCGGUGUUAUUGCCCCUGGAAGGAAGACUGGCGGAGUUGGAGAGUACCUUUGUGCUCACAAUGUUAUCAGAGCACAUGCCAAGGUUUUCCAUAAAUAUCAAGAGGCCUACAAUCCAACGCAGAAAGGUAAGAUAGGAAUAUCUUUGGUUACUGCUUGGAAUGACCCCAGAACUGAUAAACCGGAGGACAUUGAAGCUGCUAACAGACUUAUGCUGUUCACUUUUGGUUGGUUCGCACAUCCACUCGUAUUUGGCUCCUAUCCACAAGAAAUGGAAAAAACAGUUUCUAAUAGAAGUGAUGCCCAGGGAUAUUCAAAAUCCCGUCAUACUGGGUUUACAGAAGAAGAAUCGGCAUAUAUUAAAGGUACAGUGGACUACUUUGGCAUUAACUAUUACACGUCUGUGCUGAUUUCCCAUUAUGACGAUUUACACCAAAACGAGUCAGGUUGGGCAGCUGACUCUCAAGUCAUUCAGUACCAGCCACCCGAUUGGGAGGAUACAGUAGUCAAUAUGUUUAAAGUUUACCCACAUGGUAUCUACAAACUUGUAAAAUGGGUCUCGAAAACUUACAACAACAUACCAAUAAUUAUUACUGAAAAUGGAUAUCCAGAUGACGGAUCAACAUUAGACGAUAACAAGCGGAUUAGUUAUAUUAAGCGCCAUCUUAGUAAGUUGAGAGAUGCGUUGGAUGAAGGGGUUAAUCUAAUUGGUUACACUUACUGGAGUUUUAUGGACAACUUUGAAUGGUUGAGUGGUUAUUCAGUAAAGUUUGGAGUCAUUGCCGUCGACUUUAACAGUCCCAACAGGACCAGAACACCAAGAAAAUCUGCUAAGUAUCUCAAAAACGUAUACGCCACUAGAUGCAUUAUGGAGGACAAUUCUCAAUGUUCUGAUUAAUUGCAACUUUUGUUUAUUAUAUGGUUAUUACCUAUUUUAUUUAUAAAUAUAUAAAAUUAAAAUAUUUUCCUGUUA